AUGCCGAAGAAGGGCGAAUCGGAGGACGACGAUGAUGUUUCGAUAACUGAUGACGUGAGAGGUGCCGAUUAUUACCAUGGACUCAUUCCAAAGACCGAUGUGGAGCCACUUUUGAAGAAAGAAGGCGAUUUUUUGCUGAGAAAAACCGAGUUAAAGCCUGAUGUUUUAUGGACGUUUUCACUAGGCGAGAUCGUAUUGGCCAUAUCGGUCCGUCACGAGAAUGGUGUUCGUCAUUUUAUGGUGAAUCAAGAUGCAGAUGGAAGCUUCUACUGUGAACAUCAUCACGAGAAGAGUGUAUCAGAUCUAGUUUCAUUUUAUACCACUACAAAGACGCCUCUUUCGUCAUCGAGUGGAGUUCGCUUAAAGCGUCCAAUUGAAAGACCACAAUGGCUUCUCAAUCAUGACGCAAUUCGUUUGGUCAAGAAACUCGGUGAGGGAGCGUUUGAGAUGAAAUCAGGGAAAACUUUAUUAUUGCAGGAUACACCCGCAUCAGUCACAAAAUUAGUCGUUCAUGGAUGUUGGGCCAAAAGUCCGAACGAUCGACCGGAAUUCUCCAAAAUUGUCAAGACUCUCAAAGCGAAAUAG